GGAAGUGCCAAGUGGGAAAGCAAUGUCGUCAAGGUCAAUCAACAUGGCUGGUUCAGCUCUCUUCCGUACCGUUCACCGGCAUUUAAAAUCCACAGGACACAGCAAUGUUCUUCCAUUGUUGUCACAGUGCCUGGUGAGGAUGCAAGAUCGAGGACAGCAGAGGUCCUAUUCAUCUGGGAAUAGUCUUGUGACAAUGAUCCCUGGAGAUGGAAUUGGCCCAGAAAUUUCUUCUGCUGUCAAGCAGAUCUUCAGUGUUGCCGGAGUGCCCAUUGAGUGGGAAGAUGUUGAUGUAACUCCAGUCAAAGGCCCGGAUGGAAACUUCAGACUGCCACAGAAGAUUUUCGAGUCCAUGGACAAGACUAAAGUUGGCCUGAAAGGACCACUGGCUACACCCAUAGGCAAAGGACAUCAGUCUUUAAAUCUGGCUCUUCGCAAGGCGUUUACUUUGUAUGCCAACGUGAGACCCUGUAAGUCCAUCGAGGGCUUUGAGACUCCAUACAAAAAUGUGGACAUUGUCACUAUCAGAGAAAACACAGAAGGAGAGUACAGUGGCAUUGAACACACAAUUGUGGAUGGUGUUGUCCAAAGUAUUAAGUUGAUAACAGAGCAGGCAUCCAUGCGAGUGGCAGAGUAUGCCUUUAAGUAUGCCAGAGACAAUCAAAGAAGUACAGUGACAGCUGUACACAAAGCAAACAUCAUGCGCAUGUCAGACGGGCUGUUUUUGAAGUGCUGUAGAGAUGUCGCCGCAAGGAAUAAGGACAUCAAAUUCUCAGAAAUGUACCUGGAUACCGUGUGUUUGAAUCUCGUGCAAGACCCUGCCUCUUUCGAUGUCCUAGUCAUGCCAAACUUGUAUGGUGAUAUUUUGAGUGACUUGUGUGCUGGCCUGAUUGGAGGUCUUGGUGUCACCCCAAGUGGAAACAUUGGAGAAGAUGGAGCUAUUUUUGAGUCUGUCCAUGGUACAGCUCCAGACAUUGCCGGCGAAGACAAAGCCAACCCAACCGCCCUCCUUCUCAGCUCAGUUAUGAUGUUGCGCUACAUGGAACUGAAUAGUUUUGCAGAUAAGAUUGAGGCUGCGGCCUUCAAUGUCAUCAGAGAGGGAAGGGUCUUGACUGGUGAUCUUGGUGGUUCUGCAACAUGCUCACAGUUCACAGAGGAGAUCUGCCAGAAGGUGUCAGAGUCAUAGAGCGGAAAACUUAAGCUUGUAACUUUUACUUAGAUAUUAUUUAUUUUGUGUGUUUGUGUGACAGGUGUCUUUAACUGGACAGUGAAUGGUUCUGUCAUAUCUGCUCAGCUUCAAUUUAUUUAAAUUCUCAAACGAAAAAAAAAAAGGAUUUUUGUUCAUUUCAUUACAGUACCAUUUCGGUCAUAAUAUAGAAAUUAUUAGCCUUAUCUACAACGAAAAAGAGCAUUCAGGCUGGGUGAUGUGGUAGGUUUACUUAUAUAUCACUGUCUUGAGGACUGGUUUGGGGGGGGGGGUGCAAUGAGUAAAGGAUGACAGAUUUCAGGGAAGAUACAAUUUAUACACAUUUUAAGUCAAUGAAAGAAAGAAUCUGACACCAUUCAACUUUGAAUCUCCUGUAAACAUACUUGGUAGGCUAAUGGGAAUGUGUGUGUUUGUUUGUACAAACUUGAUGUCUGUGGCAUAAUUUUGUUUUGAUCCUGUGUAGCUGCAGGUGUGUGAAAGUCGCACAGUCCAUGCAGCCCCAAGAGUCUUUUUUUUUUCUGCCAUGUUCAUAUAAAUUUAUGUUGUUUUGAAAGAUUCUCACUGGUAUAUUAUAUACAUUGACAGAAGGAGAGCAGAUUGUAUACUAACACAAUUAGUAAUUGUGUAUUAUAUUUCAAUGUAUUUGGAGAUGUAGUUGUUCUUCAUAUUAAUUUGACUUUGUAGGUGCCUCUUUAGACGAGUGUGUUUUUUUAGACAGCUAUUUUUAACACCAUGUCAUCUCCAUAAAUUUUGAUAUAAAUAUCCAAGGCAUAUUGCUUUAGCAUUUCCUCUACUGAGCUCAGAAAUGUGUCGCUUUGUCUUUGGCUAAUUUGAUUUAUGUCUUUGCUCGUGUACUUCUGCCAAUUGCUUGAUCUCAGUUGGUCAUUUCAAGGGAUGCAUAUCCCCAUUGCCCCCAAGUCAUUCGCUAUUGCAUUUUGUUUUUUGAUAUGGGUGCUUGUUUUAUAUAGCUAAGUUUCUGCUAGCACCACUUCGUGCAUCAGUAUCAGAGAAAGCAAUUACUGAUUCAUACAUGAAUCUUGUUGAAACUGUUUUUCCAGUUUUGUAUGCUGAAAAAUCUUGCUGUGAGAAAAGUAACCAUGAGUUUGGAUGGUAGUUGGAGGUUUGCCUUAGUAUGCAGGUCAAUCUUAAGCUUUUGCUCUCUUUGAAAGACUUUCAAUUUUGAGGGUGAGUUUCUGUGCUAGUCUUUUUCACAUAUACAAUGAAAAUCUGUUUGUCACAUCAACUUUCAAUUAUUGAAAGUGUCUGGGCAUUGCAGACAUGUCUGCUAUAUCCUUCGUUGAUUUGAGAGAAUUGUGUGUCAAUGUCAACACUUUUUCUUUGAUUGUGUCUGUUCGUGAAUCUGAUCCAUUGAAGACUCAUUUAACAAUGCAAUCAAACAGAAAGAUUCAAUCAAUCCCACAAAAUGAUUCCAUAUACUCAAAGCACAAACUUGUUCUGCCUUUAGAGUAUUUAACAAUCAUACCAUAAAGCAGAAAGCUCAAUAAAUUCUUACAGUGCAGACCAAUGGUGUUUUUUGUGUUUUUCACAAUAUAAUACAAGCAACUUUUACCUCAUUCAAGGCUCUAGAGCAAGGAUUAUUCAGUAAGAAUACACUGUUUUUCACUGGUUAUCACAAUGACUUUCUAUUCAAAAGUUAACUCAAAUCAUGUGUGGAUACUAUGAACUGUCAUUAAUAGUAUAAGAGGAGCUGUAUAAAAAGCUUGUUUGUCAUACACAACUGUAGUUGGAGAUCACUUAACUGGUGCUGCAUAUUUUCUUCUUUUCUUUUUUUUUCUUUUUGUUAUGAAAUUCCAGCCAUUUGCACCUUUAUUUUUAACUGUCAUAUAUAUAUACAGUUGCAAUUUUUUCACUUCCUUUUUCAAAGGUGUAAAUUUUAUUUUACAGUAUCCUCUAGCCAUUGUUGAAGUCUGGUGUCAUAAUUUCUUUGAUCAAUUUUGUUUUUAUGGAAUUGGGCUUUAGAGCUGAAAGGGUGCUAGGACUGUGUGCUAAGCGGCGUAUUGUACUCAUAUCUUCACUGCCAGGCGGAUUUAUUUCUGUUUUCAAAGAUAAAUCCUCUGUGGAAGACAACAUGACUACUGUAAACAUGAAUCAAGUUUUGGAUAGCUAAUAUACUCUCUUAAAUGCAAUUUAAUGUUUGCAAUAAAUAAUGUUUUAUUUUGUUCAACUUUUGUUUAGAAUCUUUAUUUUAUGAAUGUGAUACUAAUGAGACUCAAAAUAAAUAUGGGCUGAUAUUU